CUGCUCAGCUUAGAGGGAGAGGAAUUGCUGUCACCCUCAAUGUCACAGCACCAUGGAGGAGGUGGACAAGAUCCUCAUACAUUCCCUCCGCCUCUCUGGGAUGGACAUCCCCGACGAAGUGCAGAGCAUCCGGGAGUUCACCACCGAGCUGAUCGUGGAGGCCGUCGUGCGAUGCCUCCGGGUCAUCAACCCUUCUGCGGGGGCUGGCCUGAGCCACAUUCUCCCUCCUGGAAUGUCCGCGCGCUUCCGGAUCGGCAUGAGCAUGGCGCAAGCCUGCCAGGACUUGGGGUACCAAGGAGAAGUCGGCUACCAGACCUUCUUGUACAGCAGCGAGCCUGAAAUCCGGCGCCUUCUCCUCUUCCUCGUGGAAAAGCUCCCGCGCGAUUCCUCGGAGGAUGCCAGCCAGCCUGUGGGCAAAUCGACAGCGCUUCACAGAGCCAUUGCUGCUACCGUCAAGGAACAACUGGCUGUCCCCUGGGUGCCCCCGACCUGCCGUACCCCCCGCCUGCAGCUGUUACAGGGUUCGUGCCUGCUGAAGCAAUUCCAAGCUCUGCCCUUUGUCCUUCCUGAGGAGUCGGGCCCGUCCAUAGGGAAGAUGCCCCAAGAGAGAAAAGAUUACUUUGUCACGUUCCUGCCUCCGGUGUCAGCACAGUUGCCCCGACCUGCGUCUUUCGCGCCGUCCCUGCUGGAGCGGAAUGUGGCCGAACUGAGCGCGGCUCAGGACUGGGAGAACGAGUGGAAGAGCCAAGGCCUCGGAUCCCGCAUGACUCCAGAGGAAUACCAUCAGUGGAAGCACCAGCGGCUGCAGCGUCGCCUUCUGGACCAGCUACGCCAAGCGUGCCCUCAGGGUGGGCCUGCCCCGCAGGGAGCGGCAGCACGCGAUCUGACUCAUCUCCUGGGGACUUUCUGUGCGGGGCAGGAGCGCGCGGGGGCUCUAGCCAAAGGCUCUCGCUUCACCCACACUCAGCACCUGGCCUUUAAGCAGGAGGUAGAACCCACAACCCAAAUCCAGGCACUGCCAAUCUCCCGGACAUCAGAACAGGACUUACAGGAAAGACAAGCAGCUGAAGUGGAGGCCCUGGAAAGGGAAAUGGGCCGCCUGGUGGGGCAAAUUGAGGAGCUGGAGGGCCAGAUGGCCACACUGGGGCUGACUCUCACGCAGGUAGAGGGAGAGGUGCGGCGGCGGCAGCUGGGCGUGACCGAUCUGGAGCAGACCCUGCGAGUCAAGGGCUGUACCGUGGAGCUGCUCCCUGACGCGGAGAACAACAUGGCCAAGCUGCAGGUGGUGGUCGAGAGCAGCGUGCAACGGAUCAUCCAGCUGGCCGCCCAGUGGGAGAAGCACCGAGUGCCGCUCAUCCAGGAAUUUCGGGAGCUCAAGGCCCUGCAUGACUCCAAGGAGCUGGAAUCGUCGCGGCGCCUCUCAGAGAUCAGGGAGCUACACGAGCGGAUCCGAUCGGCUGCCGACGAGGCGAAGCGCAAAGAUGACCUUUACAAGCAGUUGCUCCUGGAGCUGGAAUCCCUUCCCAAAGAUGUCUCUCGCUCCGCCUACACUCAGCGCAUUCUGGACAUAGUCAGCAACAUCCGUAAGCAGAAAGAGGAAAUCACCAAGAUCCUGUCCGACACCAAGGAACUCCAGAAGGAGAUCAACAGCCUGACCGGGAAGCUAGACCGGACUUUUGCCGUCACCGAUGAGCUGGUUUUUAAGGACGCCAAACGAGACGAGGCCGUGAGGAAAGCAUAUAAGUACUUGGCAGCCUUGCAUGAGAGCUGCAGUCAGCUGAUCCAAACGAUUGAGGACACCGGCACCAUUUUGCGGGAGAUCCGGGAUCUAGAGGAGCAGAUCGAGAGCGAGACCAGCAAGAAAACCCUGAGCAACUUGGAGAGGAUCCUCAAUGAUUAUCGGGCUCUGAAGCAGGAGAACGCAGCACUGCUGAGCCGUACCCGGGAGACAUGA